AUGGAAACUGGCAACGUUGUGAAUGCACAACCUGAAUUAUCAGGCAUAAUUGAUGGAUCCAAGAGCUAUAUGUACGAGCAGUUAUGGAAACUCUGUGCGGGACCUUUGUGUGAUAUUCCAAAACUUGGAGAAAAUGUUUAUUACUUUCCUCAAGGCAAUAUAGAGCUUGUUGAUGCAUCUACAAGAGAAGAGUUGAAUGAGUUACAACCAAUUUGUGAUCUUCCUUCUAAGCUUCAAUGCCGUGUUAUUGCAAUUCAUCUUAAGGUGGAAAACAAUAGUGAUGAGACUUAUGCUGAGAUCACUUUGAUGCCAGAUACAACUCAAGUUGUAAUCCCUACUCAGAGUGAAAAUCAAUUUAGGCCAUUAGUUAAUUCCUUUACGAAGGUUUUAACGGCCUCUGAUACAAGCGCUUAUGGUGGAUUCUUUGUUCCGAAAAAACAUGCCAUUGAAUGUCUCCCUCCACUGGAUAUGUCUCAGCCUCUACCGGCACAAGAACUUCUUGCUAAAGAUCUCCAUGGUAAUCAAUGGAGAUUCAGACACAGCUAUAGAGGUACACCGCAAAGACAUUCGUUAACAACUGGUUGGAAUGAAUUCACAACAUCGAAAAAGUUGGUUAAAGGAGAUGUUAUUGUAUUCGUUAGGGGAGAGACUGGAGAGUUACGAGUUGGUAUCAGACGAGCAAGACAUCAACAAGGGAAUAUACCUUCAUCAAUAGUAUCAAUAGAUUGUAUGAGACAUGGGGUAAUUGCUUCCGCAAAGCAUGCUCUUGAUAACCAAUGUAUAUUCAUUGUGGUUUACAAGCCAAGGUCAAGUCAAUUUAUUGUCAGUUACGACAAAUUCUUAGACGCUAUGAACAAUAAGUUCAUUGUCGGUUCAAGAUUUACAAUGCGGUUUGAGGGUGAUGAUUUCUCUGAAAGAAGAUAUUUUGGGACAAUUAUUGGAGUUAAUGAUUUCUCUCCUCAUUGGAAGUGUUCAGAGUGGCGCAGCUUAGAAGUUCAGUGGGAUGAAUUUGCAUCAUUUUCGAGACCUAAUAAAGUGUCACCCUGGGAGAUCGAACAUUUAAUGUCUGCGUUAAAUGUUCCGCGAUCAUCUUUGCUCAAGAACAAGCGUUUACGAGAAGUUAAUGAAUUCGGACAAGAAAUUGGACAACUAAGCGUCGCCUCCCCGAUGAAUACUUCUCUUCGUUAUCGUGAUACAACUGAAGAUGCUAUGAAUCCUUCUAGAUUGCUAAUGAGCUACCCUGUCCAACCAAUGCCCAAACUAAAUUACAAUAACCAAAUGGUUACACAAAUAGAAGAAAAUAUAACAACCAAGGCAGUCACUAAUUUUAGGCUGUUUGGAGUCUCUCUAGCCAUUCCUCUAGUGAUCAAAGAUCCCAUUGAAGAAAUUGGCUCGGAUAUUUCGAAACUUACUGAAGGAAAAAAGUUUGGUCAAAGCCAAACUUUGAGAUCACCAAUAGAGAUCCAAAGCAAGCAGUUUGGUUCUACUAGAACUUGUACCAAAGUUCAAAUGCAAGGUGUAACAAUAGGAAGAGCUGUGGAUUUAAGUGUUCUUAAUGGAUAUGAUCAGCUAAUACUAGAAUUGGAGAAGCUCUUUGAUCUCAAAGGCCAACUACAAACUCGCAACCAAUGGAAAAUAGCUUUCACAGAUAGUGACGGGUAUGAGAUGCUUGUUGGAGACGAUCCAUGGCCUGAAUUCUGCAAAAUGGUGAAGAAGAUAUUGAUAUAUUCAAAAGAGGAGGUCAAAAACCUAAAGUCCAGUAAGAGUCUCUCAAGUUGAAUUAAGAAUAAAAAAAUAUGUAAUAAAAAGGGGUCAAAAAUGUUAUCGGUGUCUCGUUCUAUUUUUAUUUUUCUCUUAUUUGUUGUUGCAUGCAUUUGUAUUAUGCACUUUUGUUUCCAUCGUCCAUAAAUGAAAUAAAAUCCUCUUGUUGUCG